CGGCAUCAGUUGUUUUUCGAGGCGAUGGGUGGAAACAUGCUGAGCAUAGCCGUACUCUGCGCACUGGCCGCCGUCGCGGCUGGAGAGAACUACAACUACGAGGAGCCCCAGGGUGGCCUGACGCUGCGGCCGCCGGCCAACCCCGAGCCCGAGCGGACCACCAGCAGACCCGGCCGGGUGACGGAGAGGCCCGCCAACGCCCCGACCCGGCCGAUGCCCACCGCCGCUCCGGACCGGGGCACCGAUGGCGCCGCCAACACCCAGAACGAGGAGAUGGUUAAGGGCCCCGAGGAGGCGGAGGACCACCACCACGGCUCGACAGACCCGCUGCAGUGGCUGCGGGAAGCCGUGCCCGGGGAGCCUGGCGUCGACUACCCCAUCUUCGCCACCGUGCCGCCCACGGCCUUCUCCUGCGACGACAAACUCGCCGGUUACUACGCGGACGUCGAGAUGGGUUGUCAGCCGUUCCACGUCUGCAUCCCGCAGCCCGGCGGCAGCGCCAUGAAGCUCUCUUUCCUCUGUCCGAACGGCACCAUCUUCAACCAGGCGGGCUUCGCGUGCCAGUGGUGGAUGGACGUGGACUGCACCUCCUCCGAGCAGUUUUACAGCAGGAAUGAAGAGAUCGGCAAGGUGCCGGAGAAGACGGCUGGCGGCAGUAUGGAAAGCGCCGCCGGACCGCCGGCGCCGGCGCGCCCCAGCCGGCAGCCGGACGUGGCACAACCCCAGGGGCCGGCGCCGCUGCCCAGCCAGUACAUCCCCCCAGCCGACACUGUGCGUCCGCCGUCCGGCCUUACACCAGUGGUUCAGGAGCGGUGCGCGUGGGUGGACGACUCCCGCCUCGGUCGCCGCUCUUCCGCUGCCACCCACGGCCAAGUUCCUCUGAGAACAGUGGAGUUCUCCCUGGUCAUCGACUCCACUGCCGAGUCGAUACACUGCUGCGUACACAAGGUCAAGGGUUUGCGCUCCUCAGUCGGCGCCGAGACUAUCAACAGCUACGUCAAGCUCCACAUCGUCCCGGGUUUGCUGAAGACCAACAAACUGCGGACGAAGGUGGUGUCCGGCUCGGGUGACGCUGAGUUCGACGAGACUCUCACCUACUUUAACGUGUCGGCCGACGUGGUGGUGAACAGCUCCCUGCGCCUUUCAGUGCUCGACGAGGAUCCGUACGGUCACGACGUGCUGGGAGAGACGCAGCUUCGGCUAUCCGAAGUGACGCCUCAUCGGCUGCUGCAGUUCUGCAAGACGCUGACGCCCGUCUGUGAGGGCGCAUAUGACGACUGCGCCGAGCUGCCCCAGGGCCGGAUAUUGUUGUCACUGAAAUACGUGACGUCACGGCAAACUCUGGUGGUGGGCGUGGUGCGGUGCGCAGAGCUGCCCGCCCUCGACGGCAACGGCAUCCCAGACCCCUUCGUCAAAGUACAACUGCGGCCGAGGGGGGCCAAGUACAAAACAGGCAUCCGCUGGAAGAGCCCCAGCCCCAAGUUCAACGAGGAGUUCAACUUUGCCUGUCGUCGCUGUGAUCUGCCCCGCCGCGUCCUCGACCUUCGCGUCUACGACAAGGAUAUCAGCAAGAGCAACGAUUUCAUCGGCGGCCUGAGUCUGAGCAUAGACUCUUGCGGCGCUCUGCUGCGCCACUGGUUCGACGCUCUGAACUACGUGGACACCCGCCACGACCGCUGGCACCGACUUAGCAGCGGACGACCGGACCCGGAGACCACGUAGACGCUCCGCUCUGCCCCGCGCCAGUGACCGCCCACACCCCGUAUUCCGUCGGAGCGCUCGGAGACCCGAGAGGUUCCGUGUCCCUCCGGUGGGCUUGGGAACCACUGGGAUCCGGUGCUCAGCGGCUGGGCCCGGAAGUCGCAGGGACCUCGUGUUCAACGGUUAGGCCCGGAAGCUACGGGGUUGGGCCCAGAAGCCACCGCCCAAUCCAUUUGCGGUCCGAAGCCGGUAGCCAUCCCACUGAUAUGCUCAGCGAUAGCUGCCGACUGGGCCGGAGGGCUGACCUGGAGCACAGCAGCAUCGGCGACCGCAGAACACCCAUCAAUGUUUCAGCUCUCAACAGGGACCACACCAGUGCUGUCCUGCCCUCUAAUUCCACGGCGACAUGACGUAUUAAGUGGCUUUCUCUCGCUUUGCCAACUAGACGUAACCGACGCCAGUCGGGGCGCUGUGGACCAAUAUUUACAGUGUUAUAGUCGUAUGUCAUGCAUGUCUGCGUGGUACCUUCUACCCGCUGUCAUAUUGGCCAAGAAGGCAGCCUCGAGGUUGUUCGUGAUGAAUUUAACUAUUUUUAUACCGGCACCCAGCAACGUGAUAUCUGCAUAUAAACUUAGAAUGAUGUUCGGUGUUGAAUUUCAUGUUGAACGUGGGAUACGCUGGAAUAUUGUUCAUAACAACUAAUCAAUCAUGUGUGUUCGUUUUGUUUACUCGUGCCAGGUUUUGUCGGAAGCCACCAGCAGGUGCCUGUGAAUAUACAGAUGCCUGUGGGUCAUGAAUCAUCGCCGGUAAUUAACAAAU